AUCUUGAAGUCUACUGAUCAUUUCAUCUCACCAGGCGUAUAUCCGAUCAGUUCCGGUAUAAACUAUUCUUAACAUUGCGUUUUGGCCGCUUGCUCUAUUGUCAUUCGGUAUUCACGCCUCAUCAAAGUUUGUGAUUCUGUGAGAAUUAGAAAAAUCUGAUAUUUAGAACAUUUUUGGAUUGCAAUUUCUAUCAAUAUCCUCUUGGUUUGGACUCACGGAUCUUGCAUUUCUGAUAUCUAUCACGUGAUACAAGCCUCUUAAUUUUUGGUUUACAUUUCUCUACAUCUUUGGAAGUUUCCUUAGGCUUGAUCGAGCAUGUCGCAUCAGACACCACGCGAUCUUCCAGAUUUCUUGCAAAAUUCGCCUUAUCUUCCAGUUAUAAAUUUUGAUAUCGAUGAACCACCCCUUCCUAAGGCAGCCAAACCAAGUAUCGCGCAAAUACUUCGGUCAAGACCUGUACGAACAGCUAUACCCAUCGUUAUCUGUGGACUCAUCAUACUCUUAUUACUUCCUCACGGAACACGGAAAGCGAAAGAAUUACACCUACAGUACAAAACUCCUGCAUGUUUGAAACAGGCUCCUGUUGUUGUGGAGCCCCUAACGGGCGAGGAGACUGGAAUCGAGUGGAACAAAUACGCAUACAUUACAUAUGCAACCUCGCAAGAUCAUUUGUGCAAUGCAUUGAUGUUGUUUGAGUCGCUCAAGACGCUAGGGAGCAAAGCGGAAAGAGUAUUAAUUUAUCCUCAGUUAUGGAGAGAUAAAUGGAUCGAGGAUGUUGAUGGGAAGGGUUUGAAUAUCAUCACUCAGAUGCUGGUACAAGCUAGAGAUGAAUACAAAGUGGAAUUGAAAAAUGUGCAAAUUUUGAAGCACAAACAUGGUAGCCAGGACGAAUGGGCAGAGAGUUACACCAAGCUCUUAGCUUUCAACCAGACAUCCCACGAGAGACUUCUCGUUCUAGAUUCCGAUUCCACUGUUCUGAAAUCCAUGGAUGAAUUAUUUCUUGCUCCAAUGUCAGACUCAACGCAACUCCUUGCACCACGAGCUUACUGGCUCGAUUCCGAAGGCGUCCCUCAAUUAGCAUCCCACAUUAUGCUCAUCAAACCCUCCACGACGGAGUUCUUACGGCUUGAAAGUGAGGUCAAAAAAGCCCGUGUGGGUAUCUACGACAUGGAUAUCAUUAAUUCUGUCCUUACACAACAAAAAGACUCCUGUGGCUUAAUAGAUCAUCAAUUAUAUUCACUUCUUACAGGAGAAUUCAGAAGACCUGUCGGUAAACAUAGAGGCUUCUGGGGAAAAAACCAUGAAACUGAUGUAUGGGACCCAUUGCAAGUAUUUCGGAAGUCAAAGUUUGUUCAUUUUAGUGAUUGGCCUUUGAAGAAACCGUGGGAAUUGGAUGACAUGGAGUGGAUUGGAAAGGGACCAACGUGUGUUCCUGUGCCGGAAGGAGAUGAUUGUAGGGGAAGAGAUAUUUGGGAGGGGUUGUAUGAUGAUUUUAGGGAGAGAAGAGUGGGAAUUUGUAAAAUGGGAUAAUUACGAUUUUAUAGAUGAUUUAUUGACCAUGUAUACAAAUUUUGGAUAUAGAAUUAUAGAUUGAACGGCGUUCAACAAGCGCUGUGUCUGCUUUAGACAUAGAGACAUGCCUAGACUUUUUUGGGGGGGGGUAUUCGAAAUAUGUCUAAAUUAUUCAAAUGUCGUGAUAGAGAUUUGCAGAGCUUGACUGUUAAAGGCAAUUCUCCGGGUAAGUGAAUAUCUUAUAUUUUUCACAGCACGUUAGAAGCAAUGGAUUGCGAAUAGAUAAUUCAAUUGUAUCCUACUUAGAAAUCAAGGUGCUAAACGCCUGUAUAAUCAUUUACUCCACCUGCCGCUUGGUCGGUCUAUUGACCACGACCUCGGCGACCACCAUAUCCUUCACGGCCCCCAAAACCACCGCGGCUUGCAUCACCACCUUGGUGAUUGGGACCACGUCGAUUUGCAUUGAAAUCUUUCAGCUGUGUUUUAUGUUAGCA